AUUCAGCUUUACUCGGCUCACGCACUGAGACGAUGGAGUCCGCAAAGCCCUACCCGCGCUCAAACCCUCUGCUCUCGCUCUCCACCUUCAUACACCAGCACUGCCUCCGCCUCGGCGCCGAGCUCUCCACCCGUUUCGAAGACACCAAGCGGCUAGCGGGAAUCCUAGCCGGAAACUUCGCGCCGCUGGCGAGCAGGCGCAUGUGUUCGGCUCCGGUUGCUCCGCCCUUCGCGUGGCUGGCUCAGAGCAAUCACGCCCUGGCCGCUACCCUCAGCUCGGACCACGUGGCGAAGAGCCUGGCCGGCACGGCGGUGUAUACGGUUAGCAAUUCGAACAAUGAGUUCGUGCUCAUCUCUGAUCCCAAUGAGGCCAAGUCCAUUGGAUUGCUUUGCUUUCGGCAGGAAGACGCCGAAGCAUUCCUCGCUCAAGUUCAAUCGAGGAGAGAAUUACGAAGUGCGGCUAAAGUUGUCCCGAUUACUCUUGACCAGGUGUACAUGCUGAAGGUUGAAGGAAUUGCAUUCCGGUUUCUGCCUGACCCGGUUCAAAUAAGGAAUGCACUCGAGCUCAAAUCCGCUGACAGGAGUGCAUUUGAUGGAGUUCCUGUUUUUCAGUCGGACCUUCUGGUUAUGAAGAAGAAAAACAAGUGUUACUGCCCAAUAUAUUUCACCAGGGAAGAUAUAGAAAAAGAAUUGUCAAAGGUCUCAAGAGCAUCUAGAGGACCUGGGGUUUCUCAACAUAUUAUGGUUGGCAGUUUGGAAGACGUUUUGAGAAAAAUGGAGGUAUUUGGUCUGUCAAGCGAAAAGAAUUCAGGCUGGGAAGACCUGAUUUUCAUUCCACCGGGAAAAAGCUACUCCCAACACAUUCAAGAUGUGGUUAAAGCCUGAAACGUACAGAGCCCAUCUUCAACUAACCGUGCGAGGAUUUCAAUUAGCAGUGAGCCCCUUGCAUGUUUCAAAAGGUUCUCAUAAAUAAGGCAGGUCCGCCAUCAUGCUCGCUCAUUCUUUGUUUUCCCUCGGAGCUGGUCGAUGAUAUGCAAAGGGAAGCAGAGCUUGGAAGAGAACAUGGCAGAGUGGAACAACCCAAAUUUUUCUUUGCUGGAGGUGAGUGAAUUGCCAACUGUGGACUCUAGUGGAAAUUAUUUGGUAAAUUUGAUGUCAUUGUUCUCUAGAGAGUGUAUCAAUGUUCCUGGUAUCGUAGACGGGUUAAGAGUAUUCAACUAUUUAUACACCAUGUCGCUCUCCAAUCCCCGUGUAACACAUGUUGAAAGGCUUAAUGCUAGACCACACUAUAUAUUGUAUGGAAGUUCUUCGACAGGAAUGCUAUGUUGUGUAUUAUCUUGUAA